AUGGUUUAUGCUCGUAUAGUGAGCAUUUACAUCAUCACAGGACAGACCAAGGAGUACAAUCAGACUGACAGUCAUGCGAAUGAAUACCUGAGUGAAUUGCUGCAUCAUUUGUCUCCAAAUGAUCGAGUUACAUUUUCCAAUAAUCAGACAAGCUUUCUGAUUCAAACACUAUGGGAUCGAGUCCAGUGCUCAGAAAGAAUAGCGAGCACAAAAGAGCAAUGUGAUAAGUGCCUUUUAUCAAAUGAAACCUUCUCAAUUGUAGAGGAGGAUAAUGAGGAACACUAUCUACAUGAGAAUGCCUUUCACAGACUUUCGAUUCUUCUUCUGUACUAUAUCAUUAAUAUGAAAGAUAUCUGCACUUCAAAUAUUCAUCCAAAAGUUGAGGACUACAGAUUUUAUCUCACUAAGAUUUUAAGUUUAAAGCCGCAUCAAGAUUUAAAUCAUCUUUCCCAUGAUGAAAUUGAAAAACUUUUGGAAAUCAUUCAAGAGCAUUACACAGUUUCCUCCUGGAGUCAGUGUAUUGAUGCCAACUGGCUGAAAGAAAAAGCUGGCAUAGUGGGCCCCCAGGGUGCUGAUGAAAAUACUGUCCCCCGAUUGGCUAGUGCAAUCAUUACCUCCAUUCUUCAAGGACUUUGUUUUAGAAGCUUAAGUUUACCCAACCCAGACUUUUUCACUGAAUUUAUUUUCAGAUCACUGAACAGUACAAGUACCAUAAGUAUUUCAGACCUGAACCGCCUACUUAAUCAUCUGGGGUUGGGCAGAUACUUUGAACAGCAGUCACAUGGACACGUAAAUGAUAGAAGUACUGUGAAGCCAGUCAAAGGUUCUGGCCUUUUACUGUUUGAAGUAGAGCAUAGCCAAGAUCAUCAUGAGUGCAAUCAUAUACGUGAGGAUGAUAGAUUCACAUGGGCAAAGGUUUGCUUUUCCGCUGAACAACUAAUGGGAAUCUUUGUAAAUGGCAGUGAUUUUGCAAUUUCAAAAGAACACUUCAACCAGAUCAGCCCAGCAAUUAUUCAACAGCUGCUUAGUGGAGCUUGUCAACACAGUGGACAGGAAUAUGCACAGUCUGUUGUCCUGCCAACUAACACUGAGAAGUAUGGAUAUAGCACAGUGGCUGUUUUGGUAAUUACUGUGAGCUCCAUGUGCGGCAUCACCCUAUUUAUUUUCAACUCAUGCCAACAGACAUACCAGCUUAUUCUGCAACUGUUUGUGGGUCUUGCUGUUGGAACAAUGUCAGGUGAUGCAUUGAUGCAUCUUUUGCCACAGGUUCUUGGUCUACAUACGCAUGAUCAAAAAUAUACUGAGCAUUCUUCUCACGACAAAGAGUACAUUUGGAAAAUGCUUACUGUACUUGGUGGAAUAUAUGCAUUUUUCCUAAUCGAAAAGCUGUUCACACUCAUAUUGCCAGUGUACACUAAAACUCCAGUCUUUUGCUCUGGGCACUUGGCACAUUCACAUGAUCUUCCAAUGGACUCGAACUUGAAUAUCCAUUCAGAAGGAGGCAAGUCUAUUUCCACAAUGCAACUGGGAAAUCCAGAAGAUUCAGAAAAUGUUGAAAUUCCUACAAACAAUGCAAUAAACUCUCCUGACGAAAAUGCCAGGAAGGAACCAUUUAACCUACUUGCUGUCAUGAUUGUGGUGGGUGACAGCAUGCACAACUUUGCUGAUGGUCUCGCCAUUGGUGCAGCUUUCUCAUCAUCAAUUGAAAGUGGUAUUACCACCACCAUUGCUAUUUUGUUUCAUGAAAUUCCCCACGAAAUGGGGGACUUUGCUGUACUUCUGAAUUCUGGAUUAUCCAUUAAGCUAGCCAUGCUGAUGAAUUUAUUAAGUGCACUAACAGCUUUUGUUGGACUCUACAUUGGUCUGUCUCUGUCAGCUGAUCUUAAUAUUCAACAGUGGAUUUUUACCGUAACCGCAGGCAUGUUCCUUUACCUUUCGCUGGUGGAAAUGCUUCCUGAAAUGGCACAUGUGAAAACAACAAAACCCUGGUUAAUGUUCACCUUUCAGAACAUUGGACUGCUUCUGGGUUGGUCUUUCCUACUGCUUCUUGCCCUGUUUGAACACAGGCUUACCAUAUAA